AUGCCCAAAAGAAAGGUUGAAGAGGAUGCUAAAGGACACGAAGCCAAGGUGAAGGACGAGUCACAGAGAAGAUCUGCCAGGUGGUCUGCUAAACCUGCUCCUCCAAAGCCAGAGCCUAGGCCUAAAAACGCCCCUGCAAAGAAGGGAGAGAAGGUACCCGAGGGGAAGAAGGGGAAGGCGGAUGCCGGUAACGAUGCGAACAAUCCUGCAGAAAACGGAGAUGCCAACGCAGACCAGGCACAGAAAGCUGAAGGUGCUGGAGAGGCUGAAUGA